AUGGGUAAUCUAAAUCCCAAUUCAAGUUUCAAUUCAAACCUUGGAGUUGUUAGUUCCAUCUUAAUCUUCCUCUUUGGUUUAUUUUUCUUUAGUGUAGUUCUUUUGCAUGCAGACACAGGUUCUCCAAAUGUUCUCACCACAACAAUUUGUCCCAAAACAAGAAACUCUACCUUCUGUAAAACCGUAUUGAAACCCGUCGGAAAAUCCGACGCCGCGCUUCUCAAAGUGGCUAAUUAUACCCUUACCUUUGCCCAUACCACCACCGUCGAAGGCCUCCAUCACGCUCAGCGGCUUGCCACCGAGGCCACCGAUCCAUUGCUUAAACAACGAUAUUCCGAGUGCUCGCGACGGUUUGAUUUUGUGACGAAGGGUUUAGAAGAAGCUAUAGAGGCAUUGGCUAAAGGUGGGUAUAUUCCGCUUAGUCAUGCUACUGGCGCCGCCGUGGUGGAGGCGGAUAGAUGUGUAAAUAUGUUUAAGAAACCACCGCCGGAGCCGUCGAAGCUGCCGGAGAAGGCGAAAAACAUAGGAGACAUUUGUGACAUUGCUGUUUCGGUGUCCAAUAUUCUCACUGAAGAUUACUGA